GUCCACUGAACAGGUGUCUGUGGGUGUUUGUGGGUGCCAAUUUCCAAAGCGAGCCGCGACGCGACAAACAAGCAAAGCCAAAUAAUGGCACAGCUCCUUCUCACCCUCAUGUCGGAGAGGACGGCAAAAACUUAUACUCAUGCUUCUAAUCGAGCAAAACCGCAAAAGGAGAAGGAGAAAGAGCGGAAGGUAGUCUUGAAAAGUGUUCUAGACAACCCGUUUCGCAUUCGAUGGCCCUCAGUACCAGUGAACUUGCAAAACUUGAUAUUAGCACAAGUUUUAUUACUUGUGGAGGGCGUCUCAGCAAAUAGACCGCUCGUAAAACGCGAGCGUAAACACCGCAAGAAGUAUAUCCGGAAGCUGAAGGCAGACAACAAUGCGUCUGCGUCUCCUGCAGUGUUUCCUAAUGAAAUCGAUUCCGAAGCCACAUCUGCGUCUGUGUGUGUUGAUGCAGUCGUGACUUCCAAACGAAAAAGAGAUGGAAAUGAUAACCAGGGAUCUGAGAAGAAAAAGCGGAAGACAGGUGGUUCUAUAUCUGUCCCAACGUCCUCUACGCAGGUGGAUUCCAGCGCCCCUAAUCCUCCGGUUUUGACCGUGACUAUCAAACGGAAGCGCGAGGUACAGGAGGAGGAGGAGGAAGGCAGUGAGAAGAAGCGGAAGACGAUUCAGUCAGAAGAUGCAUUUGCUCCCCCUGCAAACGGACACAAUACCGAAGUUACCCAUGGCGACUCUGUUGAUCCUCCUGCGAGUGUUUCUGACGAUGCCAAUAUCCUUCCUCCAUCUCCUGUUUUGAAACAUCUUGUCGUCGGAAUCAAUGCAGUUACAAAACGUCUUGAAUGCCAAAUUCAAGCCGCGCGACACACGGUCGUUAUUUCAAGCUCAGGUUCAACAAAAAAAUCUCCCGAGCUACCCCGACCACUCAAGUACAUUUUCGUCUGUCGUACUGAUGUUGAUCCACCCAUCCUCAUCGACCACAUCCCACAUCUCGUCGCUUCCUUCAACUCUUGCAAACCAUCCGAACCUAUCAAACUUAUACCCUUGCCCAAGGGCGCCGAAGUCACCCUAGCAGAGUGCUUAAAUAUACGAAGGAUUGCUGUGUUUGCCUUUGACAACGAAAGUGCGUUUCUGUCGGCGCUUUCUCCUAUUUUAGAAGCUGUGCCCGUAAUUGCUGCUCCCUGGUUGGUGCCACAAUCAAAUGCAUCCGAUAAGCAGAUCGUCCCAACCCACAUCAAACAAGUCCGCACUUCUGCGCCCAGGGACAUGAAGGCAGCGAAGGCGAAGAGAGUGGCCGGCAGGGCUGCGGCGAAGCAGAAACAGAGGAAAGAUGGGGGAAGAGACGGAAAGUGAUUCCGAAGGUUGUCUAGAGGACAUUGAUUUGACUUUCCAGUGUUAUCUCCAAUGAUUAUCCGGCAGGGAGUAUUACGGCCAGUCAUGUUCUUGCCUUUUUUUUGGAAAUGUUCAAUGUGAAUGGGGGCUUCUUCCUCCUCGUAUAUAAGUACCUGAACAAACAAAGCC